AUGUCGUCCGACGGCUCUCCUCCCACAGAUCUAGGCAAACUCCGCGUCCUCUCCUCCACAGCCUCCAUCCAUGUCUCCCCCCUGGCACUAGGCGGCAUGUCCAUCGGCGAUGCCUGGGCCAGCGGAAUGGGCUCAAUGGACAAAGAGUCUUCCUUCAAACUACUAGACUUCUAUUUCGAGUCUGGCGGAAACUUCAUCGAUACAUCCAACAACUACCAGGACGAGCAAUCCGAGACCUGGAUCGGGGAAUGGAUGUCUUCCCGGGAAAACCGGGAUCAGAUGGUGAUUGCCACCAAAUAUACGACGGGAUACAAGACAUAUGAACUGGGAAAGGGGAGAGCAUCGAAUUAUGUGGGGAAUAGUCGACGAUCGUUGCAUAUGAGUGUGCGCGAUAGCCUUCAGAAGUUGCAGACGGAUUAUAUUGAUAUUUUUAUUGAAGAGAUUAUGGAUUCGCUGCACAUACUUGUCGAGCAAGGCAAGGUCCUGUAUCUGGGUAUUUCUGACUCCCCAGCCUGGCUCGCUUCAGCGGCCAACUACUAUGCUCGCGCACACGGCAAGACGCCAUUUUCAAUCUAUCAAGGACGCUGGAACGUGAUGCUCCGCGACUUUGAGCGAGAAAUCAUCCCCAUGGCACGCUACUUCGGUAUGGCCCUAGCACCCUGGGACGUCCUCGGAGGAGGAAAAUUCCAAUCUCGCAAGGCAUUGGAAGAACGCAAAUCAAAGGGCGAGUCACUCAGGAAGAUCUUCGGAUCAACCGGUGAACAAAGCAAAAAAGAAUUCAAAAUCUCAGAAGCACUUGCUAAAGUCGCCGAGGAACACGGCAUGGAUUCCGUGCAGGCUAUUGCUCUCGCUUACGUGAUGAGUAAAGCGCCUAGGGUAUUUCCGAUUGUUGGUGGGAGGAAGAUUGAGCAUCUCAAGAGUAAUAUUGAUGCGUUGAGGAUUAGGCUUUCGUUGGAAGAGAUUGAGUACUUGGAGAGUGUGGUGGAGUUUGAGCCUGGGUUUCCGAAUAAUUUCUUGGGCCCUCAUCCUAGGGUUGUUGGGAAGACGAGUGGAUGGCUUAUGACUGAUCCGGUGAAUUUGACGUUUGGGGCGCCAGAGUAUGAUUAUGCUUGA